AAGAUAUAGUAAAACUUAGUUGUUUUUUUUUUCCUCCUUUUCAUUAUUUUCUUUUAUUUUGAAAAAUAAAUAAAAGAAAAUAAUAAACGAUGGGUUACAUGUCAAUGUCCGUGGUUGCAUUCCUUGUCUUUUUUGCUUCGCCAGUGGUUCUAGCCACCGAUACAGAUCCUAUUCCAGAAAACAGAGCCCAAAUCCCGCAAUGGUUCCAGAACAACGUUAAACCCUAUUCCAUGAGAAAGGGCAAGCUAGACCCCGCUCUCGAUGCUGCUGAAGCAUCACGACUUAUUAUCACCGUGAAUCAAAAAGGAGGAGGAAACUUUAAGACAAUAAACGAAGCAAUCAAGAGCAUUCCUACAGGAAACAAGAACCGUGUGAUCAUCAAGUUGGCUCCUGGUGUGUACAAUGAGAAGGUCACGGUCGACAUAGCUCGACCAUUUAUUACGUUGCUUGGUCAACCUGGUGCGGAAACGGUCUUGACUUACCACGGGACAGCCGCUAAGUACGGAACCGUAGAGAGUGCAACUCUUAUCGUCUGGGCUGAUUAUUUCCAGGCAGCUAACCUCAUCAUUAGAAACACUGCUCCAAUGCCGAAACCAGGUUCACAAGGACAAGCUCUAGCUAUGAGGAUCAACGGAGAUAAAGCAGCUUUCUACAGCUGUAAAUUCUACGGUUUUCAAGAUACUCUCUGCGACGACAAAGGCAACCAUUUCUUCAAGGACUGUUACAUCGAAGGAACCUAUGAUUUUAUCUUCGGAAGAGGAGCUUCCUUGUACUUGAAUACGCAAUUGCACGCUGUUGGAGAUGGGUUAAGAGUGAUCACGGCACAGAGUAGAUCAAGUGCGAACGAACAAAACGGAUACACGUUCGUGCAUUGCAAAAUCACUGGAACAGGAACCGGAAUUUAUUUGGGCCGGUCUUGGAUGAGCCACCCAAAAGUCAUCUAUGCUUUCACAGAGAUGACCAGCGUGGUCAACCCAUCUGGCUGGAGGGAGAACUUCAACCGUGGAUACGACAAGACGGUGUUCUAUGGGGAAUACAAGUGUUUCGGACCAGGGUCACACGUAGCGAAGAGAGUGCCUUACACACAAGACAUUGACCAAAACGAAGUUAGGCCUUUCAUCUCGCUUGGUUACAUCAAGGGCUCCACAUGGCUACUUCCUGCUCCCAAAUACUGAAAUAUUUCUUAAAACAAAUUAUUGGUUGUGAUUUUUUUUUGUAACCAUCGUUUGUCAGCGACAUGUUCCCAUCGAUUAAUUUUUUUUUUUUAAUAUUGUUUGAGAUAUGAUCAAUGCGAUAAAGAUAUUUUUGUCUCGCUAUA